AUGUCAUGGUUUAUUAAUGAACCUAUCAAUACAAGGCUUGCAUUAUUUGGUUCUACAGAUGAUGCUUCAAAUGAAAUUCCAAGAUAUGACUCAAAUCCAUUUUUAUCAAAUGAAGAUUAUCAAAGUUAUAAAGAACCUAAAAAACAAUUAAAAUUAAUCAAAUUAUUUAAAUCAAUUGGUAAGAUGUUUAAUUUAAAACGUAAAUCAAAGAUUCAAAGCAUUGAACCUCAAUUGCAUUCAACAUCUCCUCCUCCAGAUUAUGAAACUAUUGUUCCAGCUCGUCAUGUAACUACAACUUUAUCAAAUUAUAAUAAUAACUUUUUUUGUAUUAGAAGAAAACUGAAAUCAACUAGAAAAAGAUUUCUUUUAAAUCCAUCAAAUUCAAUUCAUUCAUCUGUUAAUUCUAUUUUUGAAAAUUAUGAUCAAGAUGCUACUGGUGCAACAACUGCUGAUUCUAUUUUAUAA